UCCGCAGGCGCCGUGACAGAAGUCAAAACGGACAUCUACGUGACCAGCUUUGGGCCGGUGUCCGACGUGGAGAUGGAAUACACAAUGGAUGUCUUCUUUCGGCAGACAUGGACUGAUGAGAGGUUGAAGUUUAGUGGGCCAACUGAAAUUUUGAGAUUGAACAAUUUAAUGGUCAGUAAAAUUUGGACACCAGACACAUUUUUUAGAAAUGGAAAAAAAUCAAUUGCUCAUAAUAUGACAACUCCUAACAAACUUUUCAGAAUUAUGCAAAAUGGAACUAUUCUUUACACAAUGAGACUAACCAUUAAUGCCGAUUGUCCUAUGCGGUUGGUGAACUUCCCUAUGGAUGGACAUGCUUGUCCAUUGAAGUUUGGAAGCUAUGCCUAUCCAAAAAGUGAAAUAAUUUAUACAUGGAAAAAAGGACCUCUGCAUUCAGUAGAAGUUCCACAAGAGUCUUCCAGUCUUCUCCAGUAUGACCUCAUAGGACAAACUGUAUCUAGUGAAACAAUUAAAUCUAGCACAGGUGAUUAUGCAAUCAUGACAGUUUACUUCCACUUGCAAAGGAAGAUGGGCUACUUCAUGAUACAGAUAUAUACUCCAUGCAUUAUGACAGUCAUUCUUUCUCAGGUGUCUUUCUGGAUUAACAAGGAGUCUGUUCCAGCCAGAACAGUUUUUGGAAUCACUACAGUUCUAACAAUGACCACUUUAAGCAUCAGUGCACGGCAUUCUUUGCCCAAGGUGUCCUAUGCUACCGCCAUGGAUUGGUUCAUAGCUGUGUGCUUUGCCUUUGUCUUCUCUGCACUUAUUGAGUUUGCAGCUGUCAACUACUUUACCAAUCUUCAGACUCAGAGAGCAAUGAGGAAGGCAGCCAGGGCAGCAGCACUGGCAGCAGCACUAUCAGCAGCAACUGUACCGGCAGAGGACGAGAUUGUCUCGCGUUCUGACUCCAGCUGUAACCUGAAGAAGCGAGUAAACUCCAUAAUGUCUCAGGCAGAUCAGUCUCCUGAAGCCAGCAUAAUAUCAAAUAGUGCAUCCCAGUGUCAACCAGUGUCUGCUCCUCCACCAGCCCCACCACCACCACCACCACCUAUUGGAGGAACAAGUAAAAUAGACCAGUAUUCUAGGAUCCUCUUUCCAGUGGCAUUUGCAGGAUUCAACCUGGUAUACUGGGUUGUUUAUCUUUCAAAAGACACUAUGGAAUUUUUUGAACCUACUGCAAUGCAUCUUCGAAAUGACCAUCAGUCCAACUGAAGAACAGCUCAAGGUUUCAAAGAAAUCACUGAAGGUCAUGGUGGGCUGAAGUGACUUCAAAGGA